AUGUCGAGUGCUCAAGAAAGUUCCAAUUCCAAGGACGAACUGGCUGUCCAGAUCCAGAAAUGGAAUGAGCAGGACAAUGAAAGGCAUUCAUGGCUACGAAUGCUGCAGCAGACGGUUGAGGCCUCCGAUGAGGAGAAGCGCCGCCUGAAGAAGGAAAAUGAUCAGCUCACGGCUCAGAACAGGGACUUGAACAAUCAUUUGAAGGCGCAGCAAAAACAAAAAGAUCCCUACGUCGCGGUCCUCGUCGACGGCGACGGCGCAAAGUUCCAGGACAGUUUCCUCCAAGACCCCGAAGAAGGUGCCACGAAUGCCGCUCUCGCGAUCAGGCAACACGUUGCCGAAUACGUCAAGGAUACAGACCUGAGUAGUGAUAUAACCAUCUUUGCCCGGGUCUUUGCCAAUGUCAAGGACCUCGCCCACUCUCUCCGCCUCUCGGGAAUUGUCAGCUACGAAGAUAAAUUUUUGAAAUUUGUUACAAACUUCACCAAUGCUCGUGCCGAGUUUGAUUUCGUCGAUGUCGGAUCUGGCAAGGAGAAUGCCGACUCCAAGAUACGACGAAUGCUGAAAUACUAUCACGACGAUGUUCGCUGCAAGAAGAUAUUCUUUGUCGCCUGCCAUGACGCCGGAUAUGCACAUGAUCUACGGCCGUAUAUCGACGACCAGGGGAGCCGUCUCGUCCUUAUCGAAACCACCCCCGCAGCAACAGGAAUCAAGAAGCUCGGUCUUCCCAUUAUUACUUUUGACAAUGUAUUCCGCAGCGGUCUGCUUCAGAACGAGAUCAGGAUUAUUCCCCAAUCUCCACCCAAGCAGAUUUCUUCUCCGUCACCUCCGCCUCGUGCUCAGCCGCCGGUUGCAACGACGACAGUCACGGCGACCACGACGACAAUUAGAUCAGGUAAUGGAGGUAUUUCCACCAAGUACAAGGGGAGCUAUGCUGCGGCUGGUGGCACCGGAAACCACCAGAAUAUUGAUGUCGGUACGACCAAGGCGAAAGCACCCAAGGUCAUGGAGUUCAAUCAGGACAAUGUCCGCCUUGAUCCGCCUGCCAAGAUGCCAGGCCACACUCCAGCUCAAGAUAGCUACAAACGAAAACUUGCAGAGGCAAGAAACCAAGCGUUUUGCAAUGGUCACUAUCUCAGCGGCACCUGCUCGUGGGGACCCCAAUGCACCAGGGAACAUGACACGAAGCUCACGGCAGACGAGAUGGUCAUCCAUCGCUACAAGGCACGCAGUUGCCCGUGCUUCGUCGGGCCUGGGUGCCCUGACUUUGCUUGCCCCAUGAGCCACCAUUGUCCGCAGGACCCGUUCUGCACACGGGGCAACGAGUGCAAGUUCAAGAAUACCGCCAAGUUUGGCGACAUGCAUCUGACCAAGGCGGGUAUGAGACCAGUGAAACGUUGGACAGAGGGUUGCGAGUUCCCAGAGCCUAUAAUGACUUAG